GAGAAUUGACGUCAAGGAAACCCUCGCUGCUACUGAGACCUUAAUAUAACCACCACGAUGUGCAUUGAGAGCUCAAAGCUCAUUACUGCGCAAAACAUAGACAGGAUUUACCACGAGUCCUGAUUUCAAGAGACCUUAAUUGAAGACAACGCCACGAAGCCAAGACCAAUUUAUUCACCCAUUCUUCAGGUUUCUCCUGAUUGUGAAAGACAGAUUAUUGGACCGCUUUUUUUAUUGGAGUCGAUUUGGUCCGUUAAUUGCGUGAGGAAAUAAAACUGAGUCACACUCAAAGAAACCGUCUUAUAUUUCGAGCAUCUAAACGAGUGUUUUAGCAGAACUGUAGCUACACAUGACCCUACUGUCGAGCAUGCGGCGACACAGUCUUCGCAUGCAGCAUCACCUGCACAGGUGGAGCAUCUGCGGGACGGACGGAGGGCAGCUCCUGAGCGGUGCUUUCACGACCCAAAACAUCGGUAAAGUGUCCCGUUCCAGUUCAUGCUCGCGCUCCACGGAGAGCUGCUCGUCCUCCUCUUCAGACUUGGCUCUCUCCACCGAGUCUACGACUCGCACUUCGAUCGGACCCUUCACAGUUGUCCUGCUCGGAGACAGCGGCGUCGGGAAGUCAGCGCUCGCAAGUAUAUUCGCUGGAGCAUCAGACAGUAUGGGCAGCGCAAGCGAGCUGUACGGAGGUGAAAUAUUUGAGCAGACUAUGAUGGUUGACGGUGAGAGGGCCACAGUUACCCUGCUCGACACUUGGGAUUCACUGGAUGAGGGCAGCUGGAUGCAGGAGCGUUGUCUGCAGACAGGAGAUGCUUUCGUCAUAGUCUAUUCCAUAACGGAUCGAUCGAGUUUCCUUCGCGCGUCAGAGCUCCGUAUUCAGCUGCGGCGCGAGCGUCAGGCUGACCACACUCCCAUUAUCCUCGUUGGCAAUAAAUGUGACCUGGUCCGGUGCCGAGAAGUGUCCAUUAGUGAGGGUCGUGCAAGUGCAGUCGUGUUUGACUGUAAGUUUAUUGAGACAUCAGCAGUGAUGCAACACAAUGUCUGGACGCUGUUUGAAGGUAUCAUCCGCCAGCUCCGCCUGCGAAGAGACAGUGUGGAGACCAUCACCCAGCGUCGUGCUCUUUAUAAGCGUCAAGAGAGUUUCCCCAAGAAAGCAAAGCGUUUCAUUGACAAAAUCGUUGCUAAGAAGAACAAGCAAGCCGCCUUCAAACUCAAGUCCAAAUCAUGUCAUGACCUGUCUGUAAUGUAGGGCUUUGGGCACUGAAUGUGUGUUGGGUUGUUUGUAUGUAAGCAUUGUAUGAAGUUUGGGUGCAAACUAAUAUUAAUUUUGAAAAGUAUAUGACGUGACUGUCAAAUGUUUGCUUUGUACCUGGUUUUCCAUUUACUGCAUGUAUGAGAUUUUGAAGAAGGAAAUACAUGUCUAUAUUAGACUGUGCUGUAGGCAAACAAUGAUUACAGCCUUCUUGCUCCCUCUGUGAUGGACAGAACGCUCUAGUGUUACCCAUAUUAAUCUAAACAUUUAAAAAGCUGUGAAUUGCACAGGAUUUUUGGGAAUACCAAUAUAUUAAAAAUGUUAUUAAUAUCCUAUUCAUUUUGUAUGAUCUUCCUGAUAUAUAUUUGCUUUUGAAUUGUGAAACCUCAUUUUUUGUACCUUGUGUGUAAAAAAAUAUUUUUCCUCAAACGUUUGCUCAGUUUGAGCGUAUAAUAUCGAAAUAUAAAGAAAUAAAAUAUUUUGUUUUCUUUGAUAAGUCUAGAAUACCUUGGUCCUUUGGAACUUCAUAAGUCCAGAAAGAAAAACUGAAAAGCAUGUCAUGAUUUAACCCCUCAUCUGGGGUCUGUACAUCUCACUCUGUAUCCACCCACAUGCCCUGUAGGUGGAAAGUAUGUACUUAUAGCAAGUCAUCUGCGCUCUGAACAUGCAAGGGCCACACAUUAACAGAAAUACAUUACCCAUACAUUAACCUUGAAAAGAACAUGCACCAGCUGUUCCUAUGGUGGGUGCAUAUUAGAAAGGGAUUAUAGCUUCGGAGUUUCUUUGUAUACUGCUCUCUGUCCUUCAUUCUCUGUCCUUUGUCAUUUCUCUAACACACAAUCGUGCAGAGGAAAAUCAGCAUUUUAAAGUGUUAUAAUUCACAGAUGUCCUAUGUUGAUGACAGCAUGGUCUUUCCAUUAAUUUACAACCUCUACCCUACUUUUUAAAUACUUAUGUGUAAUUCUCAUGUCAUUACAUUGAAAUAAUAUGCAUAAUUGUGUACUACAAUGUAAUUGCUAUAUAGCACUUUCACUUGUGAAAGUUCUCAAAUUGUGAUGUAUGCACCAAAGUCACACCCUAUUUUAAUAGUGAUAAUAAUAGUUAUAUAAUAGUAAAAAAUAAUAAUGGUUAUUAAAAUAGUUAUAUGUAUCUGUGUAAUAAAUAGGGAAAGCAAGCGAGCACAUUUGUUCCUCUUAACACUCCUUCCAUUUCAUUGGAGAGAAGGACAAGUUGUUGACAAAAAAAUAAUGAAACAAUUAUGAACGCUGUGUGUGUGUUCCCUCUAUAAAAUUGUGCAAAACUG